AACUAAAAAAAAAAAUUAAAUCUGAUUUGAUUUACAGUAUCACUCUUAACUUCUUAAGCCCUAUUACAACAACACUCACUCCAAGAAAGUUUCAGAUCUCACUUCACUUCACUUUUCUUCCACCAUUUCCUCCUUCACAUUUCCCAACCUCGGAUCACGCGUUUUCCACAAUGCCGAGUCGACUCGUUCUCACCCUCCUCCUCUCCUCCCUCCUCCUCCUUUCUCUCUCCUCCCCCUCUCUCUCCACCAUCGACACCGUCGCCGAUGAUGAUCUCGAUGAAGACCUCAGCUUCCUUGAAGAAGAUGACAACACCGGUGAUGCCGAUGUCACGUCCCCGCACAAACACGACGAGUCAGAAGAGGCAGAUGAAUUUGACGACGAAAACUUCGGCGAUUUUGAUGAGUCGCAAUUCGGCGGCGAUGAUGAAGAAUCGGAGGAGUACGCGGUCCCUCAAGUAGACGAAAAAGACGUCGUCGUUUUGAAGGAGAGGAAUUUUACGGAUGUGGUUGAAGGCAACAAGUAUGUGUUGGUGGAAUUCUACGCGCCUUGGUGUGGACAUUGUCAAUCACUCGCGCCGGAGUAUGCCGCCGCGGCUACUCAGCUUAAAUCGGAUGGCGUCGAUGUAGUACUUGCGAAGGUUGAUGCGACUGAAGAGAAUGAGCUUGCUCAUCAGUUUGACGUUCAGGGUUUUCCUACUGUUUAUUUCUUUGUUGAUGGCGAACAUAAGGUCUAUAAUGGCCAACGUACCAAGGAAGCUAUUGUGACAUGGAUUAAAAAGAAGACAGGGCCUAGUGUAUACAACAUUACAACAACAGAGGAAGCAGAGAAGGUUCUAACUUCCAAUGAAAAAGUUGUUCUGGCAUAUGUGAAAUCUUUGACGGGCCCCGAAAAUGAUGAGCUUUCUGCUGCUUCAAGGCUUGAAGAUGAUGUGAGCUUUUAUCAAACCGUGGAGCCCAAUGUGGCAAAGCUUUUUGAGAUUGACGCUGAAGCUAAACUGCCUGCUUUAGUAUUGCUGAAAAAGGAUGUUGAGAAAUUUAAUCAUUUUGAUGGCAAAUUUGAAAAAUCUGCAAUUUCCGAGUUUGUCUUUUCCAAUAAACUUCCUUUGGUGACUACCUUCACUAGAGAAAGUGCUUCUUUGAUAUUUGAAAGUCAGAUCAAGAAGCAGAUCUUGCUGUUUGCCACUUCAAAUGAUUCAGACAAGGUUCUUCCAACGUUCCGGGAAGCUGCCAAAUCUUUUAAAGGAAAGCUUAUCUUUGUUUAUGUUCAACUAGACAACGAAGAUACUGGCAAACCCGUUGCAGAUUUUUUUGGUGUCUCAGGAGAUGCUCCAACGGUUAUUGGAUACACAGGAAAUGAUGAUGGCAAGAAAUUCUUUCUCGACGGGGAAGUAACUUUGGACAAAUUGAAGGCUUUUGGAGAAGGUUUUGUGGAAGACAAGCUGAAACCUUUUUACAAAUCUGAUCCAAUCCCUGAAACUAAUGAUGGUGAUGUGAAGAUAGUAGUAGGGAACAACUUUGAUGAAGUAGUCCUGGACGAGUCAAAGGAUGUUCUGCUUGAGAUUUAUGCUCCUUGGUGUGGUCACUGCCAAACAUUAGAGCCCAUAUACAAUAAACUAGCUAGGCAUUUACGAGGAAUUGACUCCAUUGUCGUAGCUAAAAUGGAUGGAACAACAAAUGAGCACCCCAGAGCUAAGUCUGAUGGGUUCCCGACAAUCUUAUUCUUUCCAGCUGGGAAUAAAAGCUUCGAUCCUAUUACUGUUGACACAGAUCGUACAGUCGUGGCAUUCUACAAGUUCUUGAAGAAACAUGCAUCAAUACCAUUCAAGCUUUCGAAGCCCACAUCAACUCCGAAGGCAGUGGGUUCAGAUUCAUCCGAGAGUGACAAUGCCAAAGAUUUAAAGGAUGAAUUGUAAGAAUUGUGAACGCGCAGUAAGCUUAUAUUAACACAUUCCAGUGGAUAGCAUCAUAGAGAGUAAUUUGAGCAGUAGGAGGAAGGUAGUUGAAGGUUAGUUGUAGAAAAACUUUGCAUCCUUCUAAUCCUUGCAGGCCAUCGGUGUAAUAGAUGAUGUUUACCAUUUGGGUAGCAGUUUCAGUUUGAGACUCAAGUUGCAAUUCCUGCUUUAAUUUAGUGGGAGUGUUUUACUUUUCAGUUCA